AUGACUAAGCAAAUUGAUAGAGACCUUUUCUAUAAACUUGCGUCUGAGCUUCAAGACCAACGUGUCUCUGCAACGGUGAGUCUUGUCAAAGAAUUGAGCGAGAUCGACUCACAAUCGAGAGAAUGGGAUUACGUUUUGGGCAGACUUAUCAAGGGCCUUGCGUCAAACAGAAGUGGAGCGAGGCUUGGAUUUUCGCUUUGUUUGACGGAGGUGUUGUUUCUAGCGCUCGAAAAGGGCAGUAUCGCGUCGAUUGACGACUAUUGGCAGCGACUCGAAACAAAUUUGUUGAACGGAAAAGUGAAGACGGGUAAAGACGAAAGAGGACUUCUUUUUGGCAAGAUGUUCGGGUUGCAAGCUUUGUUGAACGAUCCUUUGUUCUCGAAAGUUUUCAAAACGGACUCCAAUAAUGUCGAUUCCAAAUUUCUUGAGAAAUUCAUGGGAAUUCUGAUCGAUCUUUCACUGAAGAAACCGUGGCUUCGCGAGCCUGGCAUGUUUACACUGUAUCAGGCGAUUGAAAAGCUAUCUGCAGAUCUAAACGCCGAAGCGUUAACCACUAUUUUCCAGCUAUUGGACUCAAAAAACGUGACGCUCACGCGCGAGGGUCUAGCCAUUUACAUACUUCUCGGACAACUUUGCCCCAGAACUUGUCAAGUGUUGAAUAAACAGGACAUUUUCGGCCAUUUGUCACUGAAAAACGGGUGGAAAAACAAUAGGCCUUUCUCCAGGGGCAAUUUGCCUGCGGUAUGCGACGUGCUAAAGGACUCUACUACAACUGAUGAUACUUCUCUCAAGCAGCAAGGAAUUUGGACUCCACGCCUUCAUUUUGUGUGGGAAUCCUUGUUCGCGUUCUUCGCUCAGGAAAGUGGGUACAAACCGUCGGAAAGUCCCAUGCACAAAAAGAGGAAAAAAUCCACCAAGUCUGAAUCAAUUAAUUUCCCUGAAUUUUGGAAAGCUGCCGUGGAUGAGAAUUUCUUCAGCGAAAAAUCCUCCAGCGAACGUAAAUAUUUGGGGUUCUUGAUCUUUGAAAAGGCUCUUUCGAGCCUGCCACCGCAGUGCAUAAGUUUCAUUUUCUCCAACAAUCUGAUGCGGUCUCUGAUCAAUCAGGCUGGUGGCCAAUCAAGAAAUUUGAGCAAAGUUGCGCAUGGCUGUCUUCAAUCGUUUCAAAAACUGACCAAAAAUCAAAGAGAGAAAGCUCCAGUGGUCCUUGAAGCGGUUCUCUUUGGGCCUCAUGGCUCUAUUGCAUUUGAUAAGUUGACGAAAACGAAGACCGUCAGUGAGCUCAUGAAGAACAACUCAUUAACUGGAGACGUCUUGUUAUCGGUGGCCAAAACAUUUUCAGAGCAGCUUUCGAAACCUAAGCAGGAGAAAUCACACUAUAUGUUUUGUCUGGAUAGCCUACUUCACCUCGUUCGGUCCCACAAACAGCAAGCGGACCUCUCGUGGGUCCAGCCGAUUCUGAGCUCCCUAGUAGAGUGCAGUUUCUUCUAUGACCCAUACGAAGCCGACGCUCAUAAGGAUGAAGGACAAAGCGAAGCGGCCAAAGACAGUUUAAGUGCGAUUAUACAAGAGCGUUUGUACUCCGUUCUUGCCGAUUUGAUGUCUGUCAAGGUCACUGGUAUCGUGACAGAAUCGUGGCCCCUUGCUGUGAUUGCAGAGAUUCAGGAAAGACAAAUGACUGAGAAGACUUUGUUAAAAAUGGACCAAGAGAUUUCUGACUGCGCUGCCAAAGCUCUGCAGGUGCUAGAAGAGUUAGUUGAAGCGAGGAAGGCAGAUGAGUCUGAUACGCGCUCCGAGGGCUUUCAAUUGUUGUUUGCCAUGAGCAUCAUUCAACUCUACGCAGGCGAAGAAGAGGCAUUAACUGUCUUAGAAGAUUUGAUUUCGUUCUAUGAAAUAUCUAAGACACGCGAUGGUGCAGAGUCAUUUCUUGGACUGACGGAGAUUCUUCUAUCUUUUGCAGCACAGAAGAGAGCCUUGAUGAGACGAACAAGCCUUUUGGCUUGGGAGUCUUUUAUCUUCGGCAUCACAAAGGAGGACAUCAAGAUGCUCCUAGAAAUUUUAACCGCGAGAGAGAAUAAGGAGGGCUUCACGACUCUUUUCGAAGGAGAAGAUGAAGAUCAGGAGUCGCCCGACGACGAAGAAUUGUCAGCGGCUGCAGAAAAUGAGGAUAUAGAGGACGAUAAUGAUGAUGACGACAACGGGAGCAUUGAAAGUGAUGAAGAUGCUGAUGCGGACGUCAAUGUGGAUCUGUCUGAGAGUGAACUUGAUGAGAACGAUGUGGAGAAGAUAGAUAAGGAAACCGCGAGUGCUUUGGCAAAAGCCUUAAGUCUUCCGGACUCCAUAAUUGACGAUAAAGGCGAAGUUAAAUUUGAAGACUACGAGGAGUCAGAAGAUGAGGAAGAAGGAGAGGAUCUAGACGAUGAGAAGAUGAUGGAACUAGACGAUCAACUCUCGGAAAUUUUCAAAAGGCGCAAGGAUGCCUUGUCUAAGAUCCCGACCGGGAACAAAAGGAAACAAGAGGUCAAACAAUCUCGAGAAGAUGUGAUAUCUUUCAAGCAAAGAGUUGCUGAAAUGCUCGAGUUGUAUACGAAAAAAAUGGAGCAAAGACUUAAAGAUGAACCUUCAAGUUCUUCUGAAAUUCUUGACCACUCUCUGCUAAUGAUGAAUCCUUUGCUCGAGUGUCUAAGAACAACACUUGACAGGUCUCUUGCAGAUAAAAUUUCGAAGCUUUUGAAAUCUAGAAUAUGCAAAAUCAGCCCACAAAAUUUCCAAAACUGUGCUAACGAAGCCCGCAAAAAGGAAUUGAUUUCUGUCAUAGAAGCCUUACAUGGUUCCCUAGUGAGCAAGAAAGGUGGCCAAUUUUCUCAGCUUUUUUAUUCGGUCGCUUCGGUCGUUUCGAUAUUUUUAUCGAAAAUACUUGUCGAAUUAUUCCCAGAGGACGAGACAUUUUUAUUCCUCAUUCAGCUAUAUCAAACCACUACUAGAGAAUGGUUUUUCAAGGGUAAGUUUGGCGCCCAUAUUAUUGUAGAUUUCAUCAAUUGGCUGGCCGUCAAAAAGUCCACCAUGGACAAGAAGAAUCCUUGA